AUGGACGAAGAAGUUGACUGGGAUCUGCAGGCGGUGGUUAGCAGUCACGGCGACGGCGGAAGAAACAUGUGUUUUUCUUCGGUCAUGGAUCUACCAGUUGAGGAAGAUUAUUGUUCCAAUUUUGGGUUUAAUGAUGAGUUGGGCAAAGUGUAUAGGCCAUUCUGUCCUGGUCUCUGUAAUAAUAUUUCAUCUUCACAUGUCGAUGAAGAAAAGAAGAAGAUGGAUGAACAAGAACAAGAACGAGAACAAGAACAAUCUGAUUCUGUUACUGCCAUGGGCGCCGAUAAUCCUCGUAGUUCUACUACAUGUUCAUCUCUAAAGACAAGGAAAAAUGAGAAGAAAAGAAGAGUGGUGAUUCAAGUUACAGCUGAAAGUCUCUCUUCUGACUUAUGGGCUUGGAGGAAAUAUGGCCAGAAACCCAUUAAAGGCUCUCCCUUUCCAAGGUGCAGCAGCUCGAAGGGAUGUCUAGCAAGGAAGCAAGUCGAGAGGAGUUGUACGGAUUCCGACACCUUCGUGAUUACUUAUACCGGCGACCAUUGCCACUCCCGUCCGACUCGUCGGAGUUCACUCGCUGGAACCAGCCGCCAGAAGUUCUCCUCCUCAUCCUCGUGUUGUGAUAAAUUUGUUUGA